AUGGCUGGCCUAGGUACCGUUACAACCGCUUUCCAGCGAACCAGUAUAGAUAGCCCCACCUCCAACACCUCUAGCGCCACUAUGAGUACCAGUAUGAGUCAUUCCACACACUCCAGGACAAACUCUGCCUCCUCACACAGUCACUACGGCAAUGGAACUCUUGAUUGGGACGGCUCAAAGCAUGGGAGUGUUGAUACUCUUAAUAUCAGUAUUCCGGAUGAGUUUGAUGUCGCAGAGAGGUAUAGUCGGCUGGUUGAGCUACAGAAGGUUCCUUGGAAUGAGCAGUUGAUAGGACGUGUCUUGCGCAACAGUGAGAAGGUAUGUCAGUUAGUGGAUCGUAUCCCACAGAGUGUCGUCCAGAGGCUGUCCUUCCUGAUGCAGCGACCGUUCGUCCGGGUCGUCCGAGAGGUCAAACGCCUGAGCAUCGUCUACGCAAAAUGCACCAAGCAUGAGAUCCAGACCGCGGUCAAGCUUGUCAUGUCGCCCUCGUUGGCAGAUGCCUGCAUGAAUGCGGCGGUCAAGGCGCUCUCGCUGUACCAGAUGAGCAGCGAGCAGAUGCGACGCGGGAAGACGGCCCGGGCCGGACUGACCUUCCGGAUCGGUCGUUUCUUCCGAUGGUUGGUGGAAGCGAGGAUAUCGUCACGUGUGGAUGACCAUGCCGCGCUCUACCUGGCCGCAUCGAUGGAAGCGCUCACGUCGGAGCUCUUCUUCAGAGCCUGUGCUCCCUACUUUGAGAAGACAGAUGGAGAACUGACCCAGGCAGUGUUGGAUUAUGGGAUAGCCAAUGAGGCAGAGCUUUGGGGGAUGUUGCAGCCCUAUGAGCAUCUCAUCUGCGGAAGGAAUUCAUCAGAUAUGAAGAACAGACAACACAAUCCAUCCCCAGCGAAGAAAUUCCAAGCAGCAGUAGGGGAAUUAGCAGGUGAAUAG